CAAAGGAGAGAGUUGAAAAGAUCGUAGAUCGUAAUUAAUGUGGUGGAUGCGUAUUAUUAGAGAGUAGAUCGACACUAUAUCACUAUGUACACUGUUAUUUGUUAUUUAAACUCGUUCUAGAAACUAAAAAGUCAUGUACAAUCACCCAGCGAAAACCGAACGACGAACAAGUUGUCAAGUUUCGCGAUGCGUUAAAGUUAAAGUCGAAUCGAAUUGAUCGAAAGGGGGGGGGGGGGGGAGGAAGAAAAGAAAGAAAAAAAAACGUUGCUAAUGUCGUUGCUGGCCCUUUGGCCACGGCCUUUUUCUUUCUGUCGGUCUCAGGUAUUCGGUAACAUCGCGCUGGAUGCUGAUUCUUCUAUUACCAAGCACAACAAUUUCCAAAGCUUCAUUCAAGGUCUGAUGUUGCUUUUUCGGUGUGCGACUGGCGAGGCAUGGCCGAACAUCAUGCUGUCCUGCGUGAAAGGUCGUCCGUGUGACGCGAAGGCCGGCAAGCAAGAAUUUGGUGGCUGUGGCUCGAACAUCGCGUACGCCUACUUCGUCUCGUUCAUCUUCUUCUGUUCGUUCUUAAUGCUGAAUCUGUUCGUCGCCGUCAUCAUGGACAAUUUUGAUUAUCUGACGAGAGACUCGUCGAUCUUGGGCGCUCAUCACUUAGACGAGUUCGUUCGGAUCUGGGCCGAGUACGAUCCAAACGCAACGGGCAAAAUCCAUUACACCGAGAUGUACGACAUGCUCAAGAACAUGGAUCCGCCGUUGGGGUUUGGUAAUAAAUGUCCGAACAGGCUUGCCUAUAAGAAACUUAUCAGGAUGAACAUGCCAGUGGACGUGGACCUGAAGGUGAACUUCACUACCACGUUGUUCGCCCUCAUUCGCGAGAAUCUUAAUAUUAAAGUGAGAAGAGCCUCUGAGAGAAUCCAAGCGAACGAAGAACUGAGGGAUACGAUCAGAAGCAUUUGGCCUCUGCAGGCAAAAAAGAUGUUGGACCUUUUGAUACCUAGGAACGAAGAAUUAGGCAGAGGUAAGAUGACCGUUGGUAAGAUAUACGUCUGCCUUCUGAUACUUGAAAGUUGGAGGACGACUAGGUUUGGUCAGAUAGAAUCGACCGGACAGAACGAUAACGAUCUUAUCGAUAACGAUAAUGCUGGGCAAAGUCCUGCAGCCCAGGCGCAAUCGGCCUUCCUCAACUGCAUACUGGAUGUGACGGCGGUAAAUCAUACCGGAAAUAAUCACGCAGCCGGAAGUAGGGCGAACAGCCUCGAGCACGUGGUACGGCCACCGUCGGAAACGAAGCUCGAUCAGCGCAAGGAGCACAUGGAGGAAGACGACGAGCAUAGACGUCAACGUAGCAUCAGAAAUAAAAAGGUGAACUGGAAGAUGUCCCACCAGUACGAUAUACUAGGCAGCAGCGGAGAGAGUAGCCAGGGAGGGGGUGGGUCUGGGGUUGUACCCGUAGUUAAUGAUGAGGAUCGCGCCCCCGAGCUAGAGCCAUUGCUGGCUGAGGUGCCCUCCCAGCAGGAUCAAAACUACUACUACCACCAUCACCAUCACGACCAAUACUACGAUACCGACAAUGAUCUAUACUAUGACCAUCACCACCACCACCACCACCAUCACCAUCACCAUCAUCAUCAUGCUCACCGACCACCCUCGUACUAUCAACACCAGAAUACCUACGCACCUCGCUCCUCGAUCCGUUACCACAAGAUGGAACUUCAGGACGUCGUAGUUAGCGACUCGCGUGCCGGUAGUCUCGAGAGUCUUACCCACGCCGCCAAAAGACUUCACGCACCCGUACAACCAGCUAGACACCCAUCGCAUUCACCGACUUUAAGCAGGAGACACUCGCCAGGACGACCUGGAUACGAUCAUCACGGUCAUUACUACCACGAAGGACCAGGGUUUAGCGACACGGUUAGCAACGUCGUCGAGAUUCAGAGACACACGCAUCAUCCCCAUCCGUCACAGUACAAUCAUCGGCACAGAAUGCGAGACUAUUACGACCACUGCGACUAUUACGACGAUGGUCCGUGGAGCGCUUCGACCAGCCCGGCGAGAACACCGAGCCCUAUUCACCACAUCGAUCGAGGCCGGCAUUACGGGACGACCAGUUUGGAGCAACGAUCGAGAAGCCCGAGUCCGAUCGGUGGUCGCCAGCCUGCCCAUUCGCAUCAACACUAUCAUCGGCAUCAUCCCCAUCAGCACAGUUAUCCGGUGUUGGUAACCAGACGGGGACGUGGUCGUCGGCUGCCGCCAACGCCGAACAAACCUUCGACCUUGCAGCUGAAACCGGCGAACAUCAAUUUCCCCAAGUUGAACGCUUCGCCGACGCAUGGAUCGCACAUGCACGUGCCGAUACCGGCUGGGAUGCAGCAUCCGCCGCCAGGGCAGCAUCUGCCAUCGAUACAAUCGAGCCACUGUCCGUUGAGCUUCGAGCAGGCGGUGGCGAUAGGCCGCGGUGGCCGUUUGUUGCCCAGUCCUGUACCCAACGGCUACAAGCCGCAGCCACAAGCUAAGCAGAGAACACCCAGAUCGAGACACUCUGAUAGCGACGAAGACGACUGGUGCUAGCCAAAGUGGGACCCUGGACGGUGGUCCGGUGACGUGGACGCCCCCAGGCGUCUUAGGGUUUGCGCGUGAAUCUUCCAUAUUGGGAGGCGCAUUAAUUUAACCACGAACGCGGGAGCGAUGUGGUUAAAUCGAUCAACUGGCUUGGAACUUGGGAGCUACGUCGGAGUUGAUGUCCACGUCCCGCAAGUCGGAGUACAAGACAGGUGUACACGAUCGGAAACGAGGAAGAGAAGCUGCAGUGCAAUAUCGUGCAGUGUCGUCACUGUGGAGAAGGAACAGAAGAAGACGAGGAGGCUGAGUGAGACGUUGAAGGGAAACGAAUGCAAUGGAAUGCUCGGCUGGUUCGAGGGAAGGCUUGAUCGAACUUGAUUGAAUCGUAUUUCUCGAUCGGUGCAUGAAACAGGACAAGCAAAGGAUUCCAUAGGGGAAUGAACGCGAUUGAAGGAAGGCAACAUCGGAUGAUCGUUACAGGGACAACAAAGCAAACGUACUAAAAUAUAAUACUAAAAAAUGUGCAGUCGUCACGGUGAUCACCAUCGAACAGACUGUCUGUCGUGUGCCACGAAACGACGAUCGUCGAUUUAAACGCGUAAAACGAGCAAAGCUGAAUGAAGAUAGAAGAAAGGGGGAAAAGGGGGAAAGGAACAUUCACCAACUUUACUGCCGGUUGCGUAGUAAUUUUGCGAUAAAGUUCAAGUGUCGUUGGAGGUUACACUACUUGGGAACUUUCUGAAAUUUUCUUUCGUUUCUCGAACUUGAAAACUUCCUUCGCUGUGCUUUUUAAUCGACGGGCCGUGCCGAGGAGGAUCCUCUUUUUAUACGAUGAAUUAUACCACGAGGGAAACGCUCUCGGAUGGUUCGAGCACGUUCGCUUCGGAUCCCUCUCUGCGCGAAUCUAUCAAGUUUUUCAACGGCUGUAUCAAAUUGCGAUUUACGCGACGUCCUCUCACCGACUUGGAUGUAGCAAGGUUCCACAUGUCUCCGUGUCUGGAGGAACUGGUCGGCGACGCGGGUACGUCAUCCACGUUUGCCAACGAAAUCUUCUCUUUUUGAUUUCUCUAUAAGCUGCGCCCAACUCGAACGACUCGUUAAGAAGGUUCUCGAUGCGAACCAAGAGAAAACUGAUUAACGAAAACGAAUUUCCUUUGACGAGUAAAGAGUUUUCAUACGUGCGAAAGAAUUGAAUGAGAUGUAGUUGUAUAAACGUAGGAAAAUGGCACCGUUCGAUACGUUCGAUGCGAACCAUGAAACACGAGUUUCUUCUAACUUCACUGUUUGCACGGAAUUCGUUCGAUCUCGCUCAGAAUAUCUUCCGUAGUAGCGUUCAAUUUAUCGAACGAGUAGACAAACAUCUUGAUCGAAUUUAUUCAAGUUUCUUAGAAAUCUGUUCUAUCGUUAACGAAACCGUGCAAAAGGAAAACAAAAAAAAAAAAAAGAAAAAAAAAAGAAAUAUCGAAGAAGCGGAUGAGAAAUGCAACAAGAACCGCGGCUAUAAAUAUCCGAUUUUCUCGUACGUUUACAAAUUGGUAGCCGCAGUUUUUGUGUCGACACAACGUUCUCCCUUUAUUUUACUUUUGCGAAUAUUCACGACCAGCCAACAACGUUGCGUAAAUAAAUUACGAAGAAUGUUCACCCUAUAAAAAUUGUAUCGAAAAUGUGUCAGAAGAAGAGAAAUAUCGUUGCGAAAUUAUUCAAAUAAUCAGCUGCUCUGCAGAUAGAGGAGCAGCUUUAUAUCGGGAUAUAUAUAAUAGAUUUAUAUAUAUAAACCUAUAUACACAUAGGUUUAUAAAGUUUAUAAAGUUAUAUGUAUAACCAUAUAUGUAUGUAUGUGUAUAUAUAUAACCUUAUAAACCUUUAUAUAUAUAUAAUAUAAACCUUUAUAUUAUAUAUAUAUAAAAUCUUUAAAAAAAAAAGAUACUCGAAGGUAAACAUGCUAAAAGAUACAUCGAAUUAAAUAUGUAGGAAUUUUUACUAAAUCAUCUCGACAUCGCUUCGACUCUCUUCUAUCGUAAGAAACAUUCACGGUUCGCGACAACUGGCUGCUUUGUCGCGAUCACGAUAAUCGAUCCUCCGUUAAAACGCAUAAACGGAGAGACGCAUGGUAUGUAUCACGUUGAACGCAUACACGGACGAACGAACGAAGGACCAACAAAUGAGAUUUUUCUCCGAGAAGAAAAUGAAAAGGAACGAGCAACGUCGAAACGAACGGUGUCGCGGUGUCGUUGUUCCGUAUUCUCGCAGCUUGUGCCAAUAAAAAAAUUCAAUGAAACGAAGGAAAAAAAGCAAGGACCAUGUAUCACGAUCAUUCGUUAGAAAAGGAAUGAAAUAGAAAUGAACGAAGAAGAAAACAAUAGAAAACAACAGAGCGAAAUAGAGGGAAAUAUGUUCACGUUCUUCUCAGAAAAAGAACAAACAAAGAAACG